CCCGGCGCCCGCCGACUCUGAGAGCCGGAAAAGAAAGUUCCUGCAGCAGGGCCGAGGGGGGGACGUUUUGACGGUGCGACAGCAGGAAGUGACGCACCCAUUCUUCCGGUCCGCUGGAUUAUGAAUGACGGCUAACGCCGGUAUUGCCCAGACGCGUGGCCUGCUGUUUCUUUCUGGGCCCUUGUGGAAGCUAGUGGUUCGCGGGAGGCGGCUCCCAGAAUCGGCCUCCGAAUCUCGGCUGGGGCGGGACGGGAAGGCGCAGGCAGCCCGCGUCGCCCGCACGCUCACGCACCCUCCCUGCCUGGCCGCCUCUGCGACCAGGUGAACCAAUGAAAGAAGAAGAUGAAAGGCAUUGAGAAAAGUCUUACAGAAGAAUAUCUCUAUCUGGACUUUUCUCAUCAAACAGAAGGCUGCAUCUUUCCUCUGCAUACAUCUGUAACUGUAUUUUUGUUGUUGUACUGUGACUGCAAAAUUUUUAAAGUUUGCUUAGUCCUCACCAGAGAAAGUACAGAGAUUUCCCUAAUAAGAAAUGUAUUGCCCCAGGAUGUUGAAACACAGAUGAUUUCAAGGGAAGAGCUUCCACCAAUAGUCCAGAAUUGUUGUUUACCUGCAGUGGUGGAAAGACCAGGCAAUUUUUGUAGGGCGGGACUGGCCGUUGUACUAAGGUACAUCAUUCAGAAAUCAUAUGAAGCAGAUCCCUCAAAGAAGGAAAUGUUGGAACUACUGGGUUUUAAAAAGACUUGCUUGAAAGCCUGUGCUGAAGUUAGUCAGUGGACCAGGCUUUGUGAACUCACCAUCCCUUUGGCUAUUGAGAAUUUCCUCAGAGAGUCUUCUGAACAGCCCUCGGCGAUCCCUGUAGAAAUAUUACAGCUAGAGAAAAAACUCAGUGAGCCUGUUAGAGUACACAAUGACGACAAACUCCGUAGGCAGAAGUUGAAGCAACAGAAGGCUGCUGGAGUUGGACUUUCCCUUGGUAAGGACGAAGCAAAGAGCAAGGUCUGUAAUCAGGAAACAUCUGAAGAGUUGGACUCUCCAUCCAAGAGCCUGGAACUGGAAGUGGCAUUCUCAAAGCUCACAGCACAGGAAGAACCAGUCACUGCCAACAGGGAGCCUUCUCACAUCAGAAAAGCAAAAGCCUCUGACCUUCCACCUCUGGAGCACGUGUUUGCAGAAGGGCUUUACUUCACGUUGGCAGAUAUCGUGCUCUUGCCCUGUGUUCAUCAUUUUUUGGUAAUUAUAUGCAAGAGACAUUCUGAAAAGCUGGUAGAAUUUCCAUUGCUGGCAUCUUGGUACCAUAGGAUUCAGGAAGUGCCCAAAGUAAAAACAACAGCUUCUAAGUGUGGAAUCCAAUUUCUUGAACUACCAGAGUUGCUGACGACCUCAAAUGAGCAGCAUCCAAGUGAGGUCUUGGGUGCAGAGGAGCAAAAUGAUCCUUCGUUUAUAGGAGGACCAAGACCAACUAUGACCAAGUUAAUGAAAAAAGGCAUUGAAGUGAUGUUUUCUCCUCACCCAUGUCCUACCUGGACCCUUGAUUGGAAUAAUCUUCCUGCAGCUGUGAGCCCAAAGGAAGGUAAAAUGUCCAGUGAUCGAGCACUGAGGAAGCAGCAGCAGCUAAACAACCUUGUCUAUAUGGUGAAAAAUCAAGCCAGACCUGGUGACAGAAUUGUGGAUUUCUGCAGUGGUGGGGGCCAUGUUGGAAUUGUGCUUGCUCACAUGCUGCCAUCAUGCCAGGUUACGUUAAUAGAAAACAAGGAAUUAUCUUUAGUUCGUGCUAAGAAGAGAAGUGAUGAACUAGGUUUAAGCAACAUUUGGUUCAUUCAAGCAAAUAUGGAGUAUUUUACAGGGAUGUUUAAUAUUGGGGAAAAAGAUGGAAACAGCCUAGAUGCCCAUCAACAGAUGAAUGGAUAAACAAACUGUGGUACAUGCACACAAUGAAGUACUAUGCAACGCUAAAGAACAACGAUGAAUCUGGAUGCAUCUGGAGGACACUAUGCUAAGUGAAGUAAGGCAAUCACAAAAAGACAAAUAUUGAAUGGGACCACUACUAUAAAAACUCAUGAAAAGUUUACAUACAAAAAGAAACAAUCUUUGAUGGUUACAAGGGAGGAGAGGGGUUGGGGAUGGAAAAACAUAGACAAUCGAUAAGCGGUAACUUUGGUGAAGGGUAAGACAGUGCAAAAUACUGGGGAAGCCAGCACAACCUGUACAAGGAAGGGCCAUGGUAGCUCCACCCCAUAGGCACAUCCAGAUUCCCUGAGGGACCAAAUUCCUGGGCUGAGGGCUGUGGAGACCAUGGUCUCAAGGAACAUCUAGCUCAAUUAGCAUAAUAGAGUUUGUAAAGAAAAUGUUCUAUAUUCUACUUUGGUGAGUAGCGUCUGUGGUCUUAAAAGCCUGUGAGCGGCCAUCUACUCCAAUGGUCUCAUCCCUUUGGGAGCAAGGAAGAAUGAAGAAAACUAAAGACACAAGGGAAGGAUUAGUCCAAAGACCUAAUGGACCACAUCUACCAUGGUCUCCACCAGACUGAGUCUCGUAUGACUAGAUGGUCCCUGGCUACCACCAAUGACUGCUCUGACAGGUAUCACAAUAGAGGGUCGCAGAUAGAGCUGGACAAAAAUGUAGAACAAAAUUCUAACCCAAAAAGAAAGACCACACUUGCCCUGACAGAGACUGGAGAAGCCCUGAGAGUAUGGCCCCCGGACACCCUUUCAGCUUGGUAAUGAGGCCACUCCUGAGGUCCACCUUCAGCCAAAGAUUGAACACGCCCAUGGAACAAAACAAGACUAAAGAGGCACACCAGCCCUGGAGUGGGGACUGGAAGGUAGGAGGGAACAGGAAAGCUGGUAAUAGGGAACCCAAGGUUGAGAAGGGGACUGUUGACAUGUCAUGGGGUUGUUAACCAAUGUCAUACAACAAUGCGUGUACUAACUUUUGAUGAGAACUAGUUUGUACUGUAAACCUUCAUAUAAAGUUCAAUGAUAAAUAAAUAAGUGAAAAAAAAUUCUGUAAUUUGUGCCACAAUAUAUGAAGAUAGGAUGAUGGGGGAAGGGUGGGGUGGGAAAAUGAUAAAUUAUUUAGUAGAGAAGAGGAAGAUCAAACUUAAAUGCUUGAGGGAAUGGGGUAGUGUCUUAGGUUGGGCUCUCUAGAGAAGCAAAAUCAGGAAAGUGUAUAAAUACAUACAGAGAGAGAUUUAUAACAAGAUUUGUAUUAAGGAAAUGGCUGGCGUGGUUGUAGAGACUGAAGUGUCCCAAGUCAGUGGGUCAGCGUAGAGGCUUAUCCUGAUUCAUGUACUUCAGGGGCUGGCAAACUUAAGAUCAGCAGGUUAGAGAGCAGGGCUCUUGCUCACAGGCUGCAAAGAUGGAUGCAUCCCAAGAUAGGCAGGCAAGACUGGAGGUAAGCUGCUAGCUCAAGUCCCAAGAUCUGGAGCUCAGAUGAAUAGGAGCCAACUGCAGUAUCCAGAGGGAGCAAAAGCCCACAAUCCUUGCCAGAAUGUCCACUUUUAUUCAGUGCAGACCACACACCCAAGGAAACUCCCUAUCAACUGACUGGCUAGUCACAGCAGAUCCCAUAAUGGAACUGAUCACAUCAUAUCAAAUUUCAUCAUGGAAGUGAUCACAACAUCAUACGACUGCCAAACCACUGAGAUCAUGGUCCAGCUAAGUGACAUACAACCUUAACCAACACAGAUAGGAAGAGGGCUCUCGGGAAGCAAGUCACUUUGCUUCCACUGAAUUCCAGAAAAGUUCAGGAAUUCAGGACAACCAGAAAUGUCUAGUUGGUGAUAAGGAGGAGCUGAAGUCACGUUUAUUUAAAAAUAUUACACCUACUCCUCACUUAUCAACUGUCUUAUCAUCUGACAUUUCAUAUUCAUGACAAGCAUAAAAAAUCUACUACUGGACUAUUUUGCACAUUAAUUACAUACCUGUGGCAGUAACGAACACUGAGGUGCAAGGCGAGCAUAACACUGGCUGUGAUGGUUAAGGAUAUGUGUCAUCUUAGCUGGGCCAUGAUUCUCAAUGGUUUGGCAGUUAUGUAAUGAAGUAGUCAUCUUCCACUUUGUGAUCCAAUGCAGUCAUCCUCCAUUUUCUAAUAACACUGAUUUUCACAUAGCGACCUGGUCUUUGGCACCUAACCAAGUUGAUGAGUCAGGAGUAGACAUACUUCGAGAUCCAUAUUUCCACCCCUGUCUUUUGUAGACAAUUAAAUUAUUCUCCCACUCCUGCAAGAGACUGGAAGUUUAAUCUGUGAAGAAAUGAAACCAGAGAAGCUCCAAGUAUGAGAAUACCAAGCACAGCGUAGGGCGCGGGCGAUGUGCAUAAUGUAAACAAGGGGCUCAGUCUGCAUACUGAAUGAUUCAUCUCUCCCAUACCCCUCCUGACCCCUAAUUACAGAACCUCAGAAACCAGGCUGAUUUCCCCAAUCAAAGGAAUUAAAAGAGCCUCUUCUGCAGAAACAGAACCGUCACCAGAGAAAGAAGUACAGGCACUACAUAUGUAACUUAAAAAAAAAAUUUUUUUUUUAAUCUAGCUGGCUACCUGAUCACCCCAUCACUAAUGAAACCCACCAAUCUUUAAGCUUUAUCCUUUCAUUCAGAACUUCCAAUCAAUUUUUAGUGAUUCACUCUUGACUAUGAACUGACAGCCAAGGAACACAAAACAUGCAAGACUCCCAAUAAACUGAAGUCAUGUUUAUUCAGAGAUGGAAGAUAGAGACCAAGCAACAAACAUGACAAAAGAUCUUAUUCAGGGAAAGAUCAGAGAAGAUGUUGCAUUAAUAAAACAAGGAUAGAAUGAAAAAUGAAAAAAGAGAACAAGAAAGAACCUCUUGGAAAUUAAAAAAGAUAUGUUAGCCAAAAUAGAAAAUUUGAAAGAUGAAGUGUAGAACAUCAUCCAAAACAACAGGAAAAACAAAAACAAAGAAAUGAAAAGAGGA